AGCUCCUACAAUGCGUCUCACUUUCUCUCGUCUUCUCCAAGUCGCUACUCUCGCUUCAUCGGCUCUGGGUGCGACUCUACCCACCCGUGGAACAGAAGAACUCGUCGAGCGUGCUUCUGGUACUAAAUAUGUCUUCGCUCACUUUAUCGUUGGGAUUGUGGCCUCUUACACUCAGGAUGACUGGGCAAACGACAUGACGCUCGCCCAGAGCAUCGGUAUCGACGGCUUUGCCCUGGACAUCGGAAUGGAUCCAUACAACGACCAACAGCUCGGGUACGCCUACGCGGCCGCUGCGGCGCUCGACUUCAAGGUGUUCCUUUCAUUCGACUUCUCCUACUGGUCCUCCGCCGACACUUCGUUGAUCGCGGGGAACAUCACCCAAUACGCGUCCCAGUCCGCCCAGUUCACGUAUAACAACGAUGUGUUCGUCUCCACCUUCAUCGGCGAUGGCUUUGACUGGUCCACCGUCGCAUCGGAGUCUCCGGCGCUCUUCGCAUGCCCCAACUACCAGGCUGCUUCGCUCAGCGGAGGCGCCGACGGUGUUAGCUGUGGUUUCAACUGGAACGCUUGGCCCAGCAGCGACAACGCGCCCAUCGACCAGAAUAUGACCACCGCAGGAGAUCAAGACUACCUUAAUGCUCUUGGGUCCAUGCCCUACAUGAUGGGCGUCUCGCCCUGGUUCUUCACCCACUACGGUCCGAAUUCGUACGACAAGAACUGGAUCUUCUACAGUGACUGGCUGUGGAACACCCGCUGGGAACAGGUUCUCCAACUCGCUCCUCAGUUCGUGGAAAUCAUUACUUGGAACGAUUUCAGCGAGUCCCACUACGUCGGCCCUCUCCACCCGGAUGACACUAGUGUCUACGCUGGUGGAAGCACAGGAGCUGUUGAAUGGGUCACUGGCUUCCCCCACGAUGCAUGGAGGGAUGUCGCCCAAGUUUACAUCCAAGCCUACAAGAACGGCGACUCGUCUCCUACUGUGACCACCGAAGAGCUGGUGUACUACUACCGCCCCACACCGAAGGACACCACCUGCUCUGACAGCGUCGCCCAGCCCACUGGGUACGAGUACGACGAUGAUUCCGUCUUCGUCAUCGCGAUGACAUCGUCUCCCGGAACAGUGGUUAUUACCUCUGGUUCGAAUGCACCGGUGUCGAUUCCUGUCGUCGCUGGUAUCAACACGGUCAGUGCGCCGAUGGGUCUCGGCUCGCAGACGUUCGAGCUCCAGCGCAACGGGGCGGCGGUCAUACAAGGAACGAGUUCUCAGGACAUCUCCAACACCUGCACGGUGUACAACUUCAACGCAUAUGUCGGCAGUGUCAAGGCUUGAGUUAAGUGUCAUACAUGGUAAGUCAAGUUGGCUUACAACGCGGGACAUCUGUGUAUCUAGUCGGGUUCAAAUGCGUAAUUUAUCAUGGGAAAUGGGC